AUGCACGCGGACGGAGUGAAGAAGGCGGCGUUGGAAGCUCUGAGCUCAAGAGUGCUCGACGGACGAGGUCUCCGCAUCGGCAUCUGCACCACGGAAUGGAACAAGGAGAUCAUCGACGCCUUGCGGGACGGCGCCAUUCGCACCUUGACGGCGGCAGGUGUCGCUACCGACGACAUUAUCGUGUUUAAGGCCCCUGGCGCGUACGAGUUGCCGUUCACGGCGAGCCGGUUGAUCCUGUCGGAGAACGUCGAUGCUGUGAUCUGCGUAGGGUGCUUGAUCAAGGGCGAGACGAUGCACUUCGAGUACAUUUGCGAAGCCGUGACCCAAGGCAUCAUGAAGCUCAACCUGGACACGGGGGUGCCAGUCAUGUUUGGUGUGCUGGCCGUCUUGAACGAAAAACAAGCCCGCGCGAGAGCUGGACUGGAAGAAGGCGGGCACAACCACGGGGUGGAGUGGGCCCAGACGGCCAUCGAAAUGGCGCAAUUGCGCGCCAGGACCGCCAAGAAGAGCGCCGCCAAGUGUCCGUACCAUGUGAUUCCCGCAUGUCCGUUUGUGUGGACGACGGCGCUGGCGGUCUUGGGGUACGGACUGCACUUGGUGGUGUGCCGAAAGCACAGCUAG